AUUUUUUUUCUAUUCGUCGUUGCGUUGCGUCCAAGGCCUAGUCAAGCUUUAGCAAGCAAUUACAAGUCAUUGUUUUUGAUCACUCUCUCGUAAACUAUGGCAAAGGCACUUCAAGUUUUGAGAUCAACUGGCCUUCUGACAAAACAUUUUGUUAGGCUGAGUUUUAAUUUGGAUAGAAAGAAUUAUGGGUAUAGAAACUUAUCGAUGUCUUCGUGCAUUCAAUCUGGACACGAACCUCGCUUUCCUUCAGCAGACUUGGAUGGCAAAAAUAAAUGGCUGAAUCUUAAGUUGGACGGAGAACAGUCCAAGAAGUACCCUUAUGUUUGGCUUAGAGAUAACUGCAGAUGCAAACAGUGCUACCAUGAGAUAUCAUCGCAGAGGCUUUUGCAGUUCAGCGACUUAGAUAUUGAUGUUGAAGCAAACGACAUACAUUUUACUGAUGACGGCACUGCUGUUAUCGAUUUUUCUGAUGGACAUAAAGGAAUAUACCCAUUAUCAUUUCUUGAAGGAGAAAAAUUCCCCGCUUUCUCGGAUCCUUUACGUCAGUUGAAGCAGGAGUUGUGGGGGAGUGAGUUACAGGGAGAAAUUCCUACAUUUCAGUUUUCUGAUGUAAUGACGAAUGAUGACGCAUUGUUUGGAUGGUUGACUGUGUUGCACACGAAGGGGGUCGCAAUCAUACAAAAUGCUGAUACUGCGCCGACCGAAGUUAAAAAGAUCGGCGAUCGAGUGGCGUACUUGAGAAAAACUUGCUAUGGAGAAACGUUUCAAGUGAUGAGCAAGCAUGAUCCCAACAGCAUCACCUACACAGGCACAGCUAUAGACUUCCACACCGAUAUAUGUGCUAUGUACAAUCAGCCUGGUAUGCAGAUGCUUCACUGCAUUAAGCAGUCGACAGAAGGUGGCGAAAACCAACUUGUUGAUACAUACAAAGUCGUAGAAGACUUGAAGAAAGAGGAACCAGAGGUGCACAGCAUUCUGAGUAAUACUCUGUUUGAAUUUACGGACAUCGGUACAGACUUCAACGAUUUUCACUUUAGAAGCUCCAUACCAGCUAUUAGAUAUGGAAUCAACGGGAACAUUAAGCAAGUGAGUAUUCAUUUUGGACGUCAUCACAGUAUGAAUGUGCCUCCUGAACAAGUUUAUCCAGUGUACAGCGCCCUCAAGGUUUUCUUUCGCUACCUAUAUCACGAGAAAAACAUUGUGAGACAUCGACUUUCUCCAGGAGAGAUUAUUUGCAUGGACAACAGACGAUUGGCUCACGCGCGCACAAAAUACUAUAUUGAUCCAACCAUUAAAGGUGUACAGCGCCAUCUAGAGGGAGGAUACAUUGAUUGGGAUGAGCUGAGCUCGUUCUAUCGUGUUUUGCUUGAAAGAAGGAAGAAAAACGAGAAUUCGAACUAGAAUCUUGUUCAACAGUCUUCUAUACAAAUAUACAAAUAUUCAUCAAAAAUCCUGAAAUUUUAAGCUAAAAUCUUAAUUGGUUACAUAGGCCCUAUGUGUUUUGUUUGUAAAGAAGAAUAUAAUCAAAGAUUUAAUUUCGGAAGAAUUCAAUCUGUUGCUAUCUUUAUGAUCGUAAUUCUAUUGUUAAUUGCACUUAUUAUAUUAUAAGGUGAAGGGGAGUGGAUAUUGGGGUUUUUGGGAGACGUGGUUGAGUGUGAGAUAACGCACAAUGGGUUCCAGUCUGGUUGAUACUAGUACCGUAGAUUACCUCAUGUUUCGGUGUUGGUCGGGAAUUAAAUCCAAUUCUAUCGAAACUUGAAAUGUGCAUUUUUGUGCCAAAGGAGUGCUCGAAAAAAAAGGGUCAUUGUCAAAAGAAUUGAUGGUCAAGAUUUUAAUUACAGAAACAUCAAUUGACUAUAGAAGACUUAUAAUAAACAUUUAAAUUAAGGUAUUAAUCGAAAGUUGGGCCUUUUAACUUCACAAGGAACACUGUGUCACACUCGAGGUCUAGGCAUAAUAUACAGUUAUACGAUUACCCAUAAAUGUUCCAAUAUCACUAUAGUUUUGUUACUGUAUAAAAUGAAAACAGCGUUACGGACACAAUAAUAAAACAUUAUUUUUCAAUUGUGUAUGUUUUAUUUUACUGUAACAUUUAAAAAAACCCAUUUAAUAUGUAAAUGAUGACGAACCUUAAAUCUUUGAUAGAAUGGCCAGUAGAAUUAAAGUGUUCACUUACAGGAAAACCA